UCAGCUGGUCAUGACACAGUUGCCAGGCAGGCUUUAUAGAUAAUAAUAUUAUGAUCGUUAUCUUUGUUACAACUGGUAACAAAUUGUAGCAUUUUUUAAUAAAUAAUACUGUUGGUGUUGUACUAUAGUUUUUUUUUUUUUUACCACUACAAGACGUGUUUACGUUUGGGCUUCGUUUGGCGGCGUUCUCUAUUUGUUAUUAUACUAUUUACUAUUAUUUGGCAUUUUAGUGAUAAGUCCAGUCUGUCGUGGCACUGUUGAAUGUUCUUAUUGGCAAUUUAUUAUUAAAAUCCAUUAAACUAGUAAUUAGUAUUAUAAUAUAAAUAUAGUAGGCGCAACCGUUGUUCUAAUUACAAUAACUCGGACUAUUUCAAUACAACAGAUUACGUUGGUUUUGAAGUUUGACUUUUUACCAUGAGUGAUAACGACCCAUGCGAAUGUUUUUGGAAUCAUGAGCUAUCUAUGCAACGACUACUUUCACUGCUACGUCAGUCACAGUCAGCAUGCACAGAUAUUGAUUGCUUGGAACCAGUGCAAAGAUUGGAUGGACCAUUGUCAUCAAACAGUGAAGAUACUAAUUUCAUCUUAUUAACUGGAAUUUGGGUUGUAAUGGCUUUGGUUUUGUACUUUAUGCGUCCUAAUCAGCCUCGUACACAAGAGGAAACUAUAAAAAAGUUACCAUUUGGUGGAUCUGACAAUAGUGGCCCAGAUGAUCCACCAUCGCCACCUCCUCCAUCAAUGGGAGCCCAGUGAUAAUAUAAUAUUUUAACGAUACAUUCUACAAGAAUUUUGAGUUCGCUCAAUCUAAAAUUCCCUUCCAUUAUUCCACAGAUAAUCAUUAUAAUCACAUAGAUUUAAGAACAUUACAUUUUAAUUGAAGUUUCCCACUUGACUGACAAAAAUCUACUACUCUAAUGUGAAAUUUCUAUUGAUUAUUUUAUAUAACAAAUAAAAAUAUAUACCCAAACUGGCUUAACUUUAGACAUGAUAAAAUGUCAUUAUAUUAUACGCACACAUAAGAUAAAUAGGAAUAAAAAUUAAUUGUUUUUUUAUUCUAUUAUGACAAAUAAUGCAGUUAUAUUGGUGAUGUGUGUUAGUUGAGUGGAAAAUACUAUUAUUAAUUAUUAUACAUUAUAAUAUUAUAUUAUAUUACUUUUAUCUUAUGCAAUAACAUGGAGAGAAUAUGUACAGAAAUGUAUAGAAAUGUAUUUAGUAUUUGAAUGUGUGAAUUGAUUGAUUUAUUAUAGCUGUUUUAUUAUUAAUUUAAGUCUUAUUGUAUUGUUAUUUUGUUAAAUUAAUAUUUUAAUAUAUUUUCAAGAACCGAUAAAUAAUAA